AAAGUUCAAACCACCAGUGCAGUGUUUAUAUAAAAUAGUUCAAUGUUGAGAGGGAGGCGCUUUAGUCGUAAGCGGUCGAUCAUGUCUUGCUGGAGAAAUUAAAACAUUGUUUUUAAAAAAAAUAUAGUUUUUUUUUUGAAUUGUUUUUAAAUUUCUUCUUGUAUUCAUUAUGUUUAGUGAAAAAUUAAGGUGACCAAAGUUUACUUUAAAUAUUAAAUCUAUCAUUGUAGUAUGAAUUACUUCAUUCUACCAGCAUUUAGAAGAAGCUGUAGAGUUUAUAAUAAUAGAUAUAAUUUGGAGAAAUGUUUACAUCAAUUACAAGCGAGACUUUAUUAUGGAAAAUGCGAGAGCAGAAGGAACAAUCAUCAUGUGAAUGGAAAAGAACGAAUUCCAAGAAGAAAAGUAUUAAAAGCAAAAAUUUUACGUGAUUUUCGUGAAACAAAAGAAAAAGUCGAACUUUAUAUUGAAAGGGAAAAUAUAUGGACUAUUCCAAAUUUACUUUGUAUAACGAGAAUUGUCACAUCUCCUUAUCUCAGCUAUUUAAUUGUCUCUCAAGACUAUAAGGUAGCUUUAUGGUUCUUGGGAUUCGCUGGUCUCAGUGAUUUAGCCGAUGGAUGGAUUGCACGCACCUGGACAUCGCAGGCCUCAAAACUUGGCAGUGUUUUGGAUCCGGUUGCAGAUAAACUCCUCGUUGGAUCACUUUUUAUUUCCUUAACGUGGGUGAAUUUAAUUCCAGUUCCAUUGACAAUGCUCGUCAUUGCAAGGGACGUGCUUUUAAUAAUUGGCACAUCAUUUCUUCGCUAUCGCAGUCUUCCUCCUCCUAGAACAGUGGCAAAAUAUUUUGAUCCAACACUUGCAACUGUUCAAAUUAAACCACAUUGGGUGAGUAAAUUAAAUACGGGAGUUCAACUUGUAUUUGUUGCUGGAACCCUUGCGGCACCUGUUUUUCACUAUGUUGAUCAUCCUCUUUUAAAAAGUCUUUGCUAUUUAACGGCAAUCACAACAAUUACCGGUGGUUUAAGUUAUGUUUUUUCAAAAAAUAGAUAUAAAAUUUUAAAAAAGAAAGCAACACGUCAUUCCUAAACACAACAAUAAGCAAUGUGUUUGUGAAUUUCAAAUUAACAAAAACUGUAUAUUGUAUAUUAGGAAAUAUUUACUAUUUUUAAACUGUGUACAGAAUUUUAGGAAUAUUGUGUAUAUAUAUAUAUAUAUAAAAAAAAACAUUUUCUUCAAAGUAAUUAAAUUUUUGAACAUUA